ACACACACACACACCAUAGCACGCACGCACACACACACACACGCACACACACUCAAGGCUUUUGCUUUAACAUGACUACUAGGGCCACGAUCAAAACAAGCCAUGCAUUUCCAUGCAAAACGUGCUUCGCGUGCGGCGCGUUUUGCACCGUCUAGAUGGCUCGGUGAAAGCAAGCGAGGCAAAGACUUGUUAUUUUCUAUCGCCAAUGAACUAAUCUCGAUACAUUUCUGUUUCUUUCUUUCUUUCUUUUUUGGGCAAGAGUAAAGCGCGAUACUAGAGUAGAAAUGAAAGCCGAGUCCGGGCCUAACGUUGUUAGUAGUGCCGCUUUCUGCAGAUCCGGCUUUCACAAAUCGCCAAAAAGUGACUUCUCGCCUGCCCCUGUGAACGGAUACCGGAUGGUUUUGUCUUGACCGAGCCGUAAAUGGACGAAGCCAUGCCAACAUGAAUCAGUCGUAUAAAGUGGGCGCCAAGGAUGGCUCGGAAUGUCGCCCGGGCCCACAGUGUCCGCAGGUCACUUCCUGCGGGCUCCAGCACGGCGCUAAGCACUCGUCCUCCUUUGGAUUCAGCCAAAGGGAAUCAUCCUCCAGCUACAGUCCACUCAGGAGGUUGCAGGACCUGACGGCUAUGGUGAGCAGGCCAAAUAUGAACGUACAGGAAUGGGACCACGGGCGAGCUAAGGCGCACGUGCACAGCUCAGAGUUUGGCCUCAGCCUUGUCCACACGGCCCAAACCUUCAGUCGUGGUACUGACGAUGGCGUAUUUCGAAACAUCCAGAAUCUGGACAAGAACGGCUUUUCCCCCGUGAGCUCGGACAGCCUGGAGCACAUCUCCCCGACCCCCAACGGAUUCCUGCAUUUUGAGUCCAGCCUCUUUGACAGUGGGGACAGUAAGGAUGACCACGAGGAAGAGGAGCGCGUGGCACCGCUCAAACCUUCAGCCAAAAACUGCCAGAAAAGGGACUCUGCCAAUGCAAAGAGCUUCUGUGAUUCAGGGCUUAACCUGAGCUUGAACAGACAUAGACGUUUUGACCCAGUUUCUAAAAGUACUCCACAGCCAGCACCGGACGACCCUUCUUCUAGUCCUCCUCAUCUGCCCGUUGAAGUCAUGCUAAGGGACUUUGACAGCUCGGACGGCUACUCCGACAGCGAUUGUGACCUCCCGAGCACGGAGAACUGUGCAUCGAUGUUCAGUGUAGGCCUUUCUCAUCGGCCAAGCUCACCUAGCAGCACCUACUCAGAUCCUUCCGACAGCCCAAAGAAGAAACCUCUUCCAGAAGUGAAGUUUACCGUGGGUGAUGUGGUGUGGGCCAAGUUUAACCGCAGGCCUUGGUGGCCCUGUCGCAUCUCCAUAGACCCCCUGAGUGAGAGCCACACCAGGAUGAAAGAGCCCAGCAGCAGGCCGUGUCGAAUGUAUUUCGUCAGGACGUUUGGGGAGAUCGUGGACCACGCAUGGGUUUCUGGGCAAUCCACGUUUGCUUUUGAAGGAGGUCAGCAGUUUGAGAAACUUCCUAUGGUCAAGCGACGAGGCAGACAGAAAGACAAGGGUUAUAUGGUUCCAAAGCACUUGAUGCCUCUGUGGAAAGCCAGUGUGCUGGAUGCAGAAGCAGCUCUGCCAGAGUAUCUCAGGAGUAAACUACAACUUUCCUCAGUCAGAGGGAUUCACUCUCCCGUUACAGAGGAGAGGACGUGCACCUCUCCGACCUUCUCCGACCUCCACCAGUCCUCCCAGAGUCCAGUUUUCUCCAACGGACACAACCUCCCACUCGUAGGUUCACCCAAAACUACAGAGAGAAGCAAAAAGAAAUCACCUGCUAAAAGGAAAAAGAGCUCGCUGCUGAAAAGUCCUGUUAAAAUCAAAGACGAAUCGUUCUCCAAGCUGAUGUCAAGCCCCACACUGGACAUUUCGAAACCUCCUGCUGCUCCCGCAAAUGAGCCGGCGUCUGACUCCAGGGAUUGCCCUUACUCGGACAUCGAUUCGGUUCCCAGGAUACUGUGCCCCAAACGCUCAGAAGAGCAGCUCGUGGGGUUGGAUAAAGAACUCUGCGCUGAACCAAAGGCAGAACGUGCGAGUAAAAAACCCAGAAAAGUCCGCAAGACAGAGAAAGAAACGGCGGCUUUGACGAAGCACAAGCCGAACAACAAAUCUACAAUCAAAAACAAAAGGUGCACCACUUCAAACGGCAGGAGCUUGGGCAGCACUUCUCAAGGAUUAUCAGACGGCACCUUCGAGAUGCACUCUUUGAACUUGCCGGCGAGUUGCGGCCUCCUGACCCGUGCCCUCGCCAACUAUGAGAAUUCCAAAGAGAAGGAUGAUUUUGACUCCAGCCACGAUUCCAGAUCGUCAUCUCCGGCUCUGUCUGACGAGCACCACUCGUUUUCUCCCUUUCUGGAUGUAUCCGAGCGCACAGAGCACCAAUGGCAGGUGAAAACAGAACCCAUAGCCGAUCCGACACACCCGACCUCUCAGUGCUCCCCGAACCCGACAUUGCUCAAGUUAACAAGAAUCCGGCCCAGCAAGGAGCCCAUUCACAACGGGUCUCGGAUCAAAGGUAAAGAUUCCACCAUCAGGUCUGCGGAAUUGCCAGUCGCUGGUUUAAAAAUCAAGAAAGAAUCAAGCAUUUCUUGCUCAUCCUCUUCCUCUGUUUCAUCCCCAUCACCUUCACCCAUGGAGGUUUUCCGAGAACCUAAAGACCUCUCUUUACACACUCCAGUGAAAGAAGAGUGUAGCUCAGACGAUCACAACUCCAAGUACAAAUUCACCACCUUCCUUAUGCAGUUGAAGGAUUUGCAUGACACCCGAGAAAAAGAGGGAAGGCCGCUGACGCUGCCUCCUACCUCUCCGUCUGCCCUUAUUAAAGAAGAACCCUCACUCCUCCCCUCACAGCCCCACCCUGAACCCACAACCCUAGACACGCUUCAUAAAAACGACGGUCAGACUCUUUGGGUACAGAACGGGCCGCAGGGGAAAGCCGCAAGCAGCCUGAAGCCAAACAAAUCUAAACCGAAGUCCGCAGGAAAAAAGGAGGCUCAAAAACAUGAUGUUGUGAACAGUUUGCUUCCUCUGGUUUCAGAACUUAAGAAACAAAACACGCUAGAUGUGGUUGCGGCAAGAGCAGCGCCGACCGAGAAGCUUUCAAAGUCCAGUUCAGAGUCUGGCCUUGAGAGCACUGGGAAGGGUGUGAUGUCAGCGGUGGCACCGAAGAAGCGCUGGCAGACGUUCGAUGCUGAGACCCAGCAUAGGGCAACGCCAAAGAGUGAUCAGAGCAGCGUGAUUGAGCAGGACAGGGUCAUACCUCCUGCUAGACUCAAUGGAGUAUUCGAAGAGAGCCACCAAAGCCCUCCGGUCAAUGCUACAGAUAGAAAGGACAGCUCUGAGAACAAAAGACUUCGGAAGCCAAGCAAGAGGCUUCUCGAGUGGAGCGAGGAGUAUGAGCAAAUCUUUACUUCCAAGAAGAAAACGCAGAAACCCCCCGAGUCGUACAGAACGGCGUCUUCAUUUAUUAACACUAAUGUCGGCGAGCAGACCUCGAAACCUCCAGUGGCUGACGGUUUGAGCUCAGCAGCAGGUCAGCUGUCUAAGGCUUGGAUACCGAAACCAUCGCAGCACGAAAGGCAGCUUUCUCUAGAUGAAGCAGAUAACAUUCUUUCUUCACCGCCUUUAUCAACACCCCACAAACCUCCUGCGGUACAGGCAGAGGCGGCCGAAAAGAAAACAGCAUCUUCAGAAAGAAAAAGGCCACAGAAGAUCACAAGUAAAGUCCUGGACUCGGCUUGUGAGGACGAGAUUCUCAGGAUCCCAAAGAAGAAGGAGUCUAAGCUACAGGGUCAUUGGUCAGAGGAAGCAGUGGUCAAAGAUGUUCAGGAAAACGAAGUGCCUGGAACCACUCUGUCCAGCCCUCCUCCUAAAUCAGGUACAACACCCCGACCGGGUGACGCACAGACGCCCUUAAAGCCGUCUGCAACGUCCAGCGUCUUCCAGAGCCACACGCCAGGAGAGAGCCGCAGUCCAGCUGAGUCCAAAACUGUCGAGAGGAAACCACGUGACAUCUCCGGACCUUUACAAACACAGGUGUUUGCUCCAGCACUGAAUGAGAGCGUGGUCCAGCCCAGAGACCCAUUAACUCCUGAUACAGGUCUGUCUAACAUUAAGAAGGUAUCAGAGAAAGGAGGAGGCGCCUCACUGAAGGAGAACGUGUGUCAGGUGUGUGAGCAGACAGGUGAGCUGCUGCUGUGUGAGGGACAGUGCUGUGGAGCUUUUCAUUUACAGUGUAUCGGCCUCAGCGAGACUCCAAGAGGACGCUUCAUCUGUCAGGAGUGCACUGCAGGUGUGCACACCUGCUUUGUGUGUAAGCAGCCAGGCGAAGACGUCCGCCGCUGUAUGAUCCCAGUGUGUGGGAAAUUCUACCACAUGGACUGUAUAAUGAAAUUCGCUCCCACGGUCCAACAGAACCGAGGCUUCCGCUGCUCUCUGCACGUCUGUCUGUCCUGCUAUAUCACCAACCCUACAAACCCCUCCAGCUCCAAGGGUCGCCUGACCCGCUGUGUGCGCUGUCCUGUGGCGUACCAUGCAAAUGACUACUGUAUGGCAGCCGGCAGUGUUCCUCUGGCCAACAACAGCUUCCUGUGUCCCAACCAUUUCACCCCCCGCAAAGGCUGCAAGAACCACGAGCACAUCAACGUCAGCUGGUGCUUCGUCUGCUCUGAAGGGGGCAGUCUGCUGUGCUGCGAGUCCUGUCCUGCUGCCUUCCAUCGCGAGUGUCUGAACAUCGAAAUGCCCAAAGACAACUGGUACUGCAACGACUGUCGCGCAGGCAAGAAGCCCCACUACAAAGACAUCCUGUGGGUGAAAGUGGGCCGCUACAGGUGGUGGCCUGCAGAGGUGACCCAACCCAAGAACGUCCCCGAGAAAGUCUUACGCAUGAAGCACGAGGUAGGCGAGUUCCCUGUACACUUUUUUGGCUCCAAGGACUAUGUGUGGACUUACCAAGCCCGCUGCUUUCCCUAUAUGGAGGGUGACGCCCACAACAAGGAGAAAAUGGGCAAAGGCACGGACGCUGUCUAUAAGAAAGCUUUAAACGAGGCUGCCGAGCGAUUCAGAGAGCUCCAGGCGGAGAAAGAGAUGAGACAGCUUCAGGAAGAUAGGAAGAACGACAAGAAACCCCCACCAUACAAACACAUUAAGAUCAACCGACCGGUAGGGAGGGUGCAGAUCGUGACCGCGGACCUGUCGGAGAUCCCGCGCUGUAACUGCAAGGCCACGGACGAGAACCCGUGCGGCAUGGACUCGGAGUGUAUCAACCGCAUGCUGAUGUACGAGUGCCACCCGCAGGUCUGUGCGGCAGGAGAGAGGUGCCAGAACCAGUGCUUUACCAAGCGCGAGUACACUCCGGUGGAGAUCUUCAGGACGUUGUCGCGCGGCUGGGGGCUCCGUAGCAUCCACGAUAUCAGGAAGGGUGCGUUUGUGAGCGAGUACGUGGGCGAGGUGAUCGACGAGGAGGAGUGUCGAGCCAGGAUCAGACACGCUCAGGAGAACGACAUCAGCAACUUCUACAUGCUCACGCUGGAUAAGGAUCGCAUCAUUGACGCAGGGCCGAAGGGAAACCAGGCACGCUUCAUGAACCACUGCUGCCAGCCCAACUGUGAGACUCAGAAGUGGACAGUGAACGGGGACACGCGAGUCGGCCUCUUCGCCCUCGUCGACAUUCCUGCAGGCAUCGAGCUCACCUUCAACUAUAACCUGGAGUGUCUGGGUAAUGGCAAGACGGUGUGUAAAUGUGGCGCGUCGAACUGCAGCGGCUUCCUGGGCGUGAGACCGAAGAAUCAGCCCCCGUCUGAGGACAAGGCCCGCAAAGGGAAGAAGAAAAUGUCUGCAAAGAGGAAGAGCCAGCUGCAGGUGGUGAAGGAGCGCGAGGACGAGUGUUUCUACUGCGGAGACGGCGGGCAAAUCAUCUCCUGUAAGAAGCCCGGCUGCCCCAAAGUUUACCACGCAGACUGUCUGAACCUGUCCAAGAGACCUGCAGGUCGCUGGGAGUGUCCGUGGCAUCAGUGUAACAAGUGUGGCAAGGAGGCGGCGUCGUUCUGCGAGAUGUGCCCCAACUCAUACUGCAAGCAGCACCGUGACGGCAUGCUGUUCAUCUCCAAGCUGGACGGCAAGCUCUCGUGCAGCGAGCACGACCCGUGUGGCCCCGACCCACUGGAACCCGGAGAGAUUCGCGAAUACAUCCCGGGAAUGCCCAUGUUAUCCCCGCCGCCCAGUACAGCCAAAUGCAAGUUAACUCCGCCCACCACCAAGCUCUACGCCCCUCCCACCCGUGGGAGAAGGUCCUACGGCAGCCAACGAAUGCCCUUUGAGGAGGAGGUAGUCUUGGAAGAGGACCUGCUUCCCGCCACGUCUCGGUCUAAAGAGGCAAAAGACGAUGUCAUGGCCGAGGUCGAGGACGGAGAGGUGGUGGAAGGGAUGAUCGGGGGCGAGGAGGUAGGACUGGAGGUCAUCGGAGACGAAGAUGAGGAGGUGGACUACGAGGAAUUCGAGGACGAGGAUGAAGAGGAGGAAUUCGAAAGGGAGUCAGACGAGGACGAUUGGUUUGAAGACAGAUUCACCGACAAAGACUUUGACGCUGAAGGUUUAGGGGAUGAGUCAUAUAGUGGGAAGUGAGCAAUUUGUGUUUACUGUCCAUUCAUCUAUCUAUCCAUCCAUCCUUUCAUUCUUCUUUACAUCAGUCACGCACUGGCUCGCUAGACGGCGUGGGCUGUCGGGCAGCGAGAUCGGCCAAUUCUCGGUUAGUUACACUUUGUAGCCUGUAGGAACGAAGCAGGGAAUCUGAUCUGGGAUCAGUGCUCUUAUCUGGAGAUCAGCUAAUGCGCGCUCAGCUGGAUGCAAAGCCACUCUUUUCGACUCUGACGGACCCGGGCAACGUGCUGAGCUUGAGACAGACCGAGUCAGCUUGCCUUCUUUACCCAAGUCCACUUGGGACUGGAAAAAAUUAAGUGGUGCUUUGGACCUUUGGCUGUUCAGUCAGACGUCCAGUAUCGGGUGUAAAGUUACUGUCUGGUGCUUCUUUGUGUUUCUUUUUCGUUUUGUCAUCUCCACCUACUGUUUACAUUUUUAUCUUUAGGCGAACCACGGACGGGGUCGGAUACGAGACAUCUGAUAUCCUCUUCAUAAUGACACUGUGUCUUGGAGAAGGCAUGAAUUGGGAAAGAAAUGGACUUUUAAAUGGUUGACACUGGUUCUGAUGAUGUAGAUCGGGGUUUAUUAGUUAACACAGUGCUCCAGUUAACACACACACCUACACAGAAAUCUGUUUCACAUUUAAAAAGCUUUCUCAGUUCUUCCACAAAAGACAGAUCCUGUGAAAGUGAGCCAGUGGCUAUUUAAAGAUAACAGGAAGUGUUUUAGACAUAAUUCUUGUCCAUUGCAGCUUGACAGAUUUUGGUAGUCCAGAUCCCACCUGUGUCCAAUCCUGGUCAAGUCGACGCUCGGUGUUUCUCCUGCAGCCACAUGGGCGAAAUUCGGAUAAGACUGACGAGCCGUGAUGUCAGUGAUGCACUUUUGGAUACUGACCAUGCUUUGGUGUGUAAUUAGUAAGCUGGUCCUCUGUGUCCCAUUCACAAUUUGGUGACAUUAAACUGAAUUAGAAAAAAAAAAAAAAGCAUUUGGCAAUCACAAGCCCUAACAGCGUGGAUAAAAAAAUAAAUGCGAGCAAGAGUACAGUAACAGUUUAAAUGCACUAAAAAGGAGUAUAAGUGGUUUCAUUAGCCGUGACAAGUCAUGAAUUUUAAAUCAGUUUUUUUACUCAGUAGACAGCUGGACAGUAAAGACCUGCCUCUUGCGGCAGAGACGAAACGAAAGCAAAAACCAAGCGAAAUGACCACAGCUAUAGUUUUACUUUGAGAUUUAUCACAACAUUCCAGGCAGCUGGUGUGAUUUCUGAGCUGCACUUUUACAAGACAGAGCCUCCAGGAUCGCCCACGUGAACGUUGAACCCAGCGAUAUUGUAAUUUUUCAAGAUGGCCACAGAUUUGAACCGUCGUCACAUGUCCAGAAUCGCAUCACAAGAAUCCUGUGCUUGUGAUUUCACCAAUUCAUGUAAUUUUAGGCAGAAAAUAAAAAAAAAAACAAAGCAUAUAAAACUCCACAAAUUGCAAAUUUUGAAGAAAAAAAAAUCAAGAAUUUUUGAUCACAUCAAUCGCAAAAAACUCUGAAACUGAAAUCCUGGUAGGACCGGUUUAUCCGAGCGGCUGGGUCUUCGUGAAAGCAGGUUGGCGGACAGACUUGUAACCGAAAUACUACUCUUCAUUUCUACAGUUCAGUACAGAUCUUUUUCGUUUGGUUCGUCUGUUUGUUUAGUUAAAAAUAAAAAUACUAGUAUGCUCGUGACCUCGAAAUCUUUCCGGGAGCCUGCAGUGAAAACUUUUUAAAAAAAAUAUUCUUGUUUUUUGAGAGAGUUUUGCGGAAAUAUAAUCCCAACAAACUCCAGUCAUGAACCUUAUAGCCACACGUUAAAAAUAAAAAUUAAAAAAUUGGUGAGUUGAGAAUGAAAUUGUCUUAUUAAAACAUUUUUCUUCUUUAAGGUACUCUCGUGCUUCCUCCUCUGCAGGAUAUGCUCUUUACUUACACUGUGGACUUUUUAUUUUCUUUUUCAGAAGACUGUUGGAUCCAAAAACACACCAUGGAAAAACAAAACCCAACUGGCUCACUUUAUUUGUGAAGGUUUUCACACUGGUGCUUUGUUUAUAUUGUUUCCUCACUUUGACAGACUAUUCUUCCAUUGCCUCGUCAUCUGUUCUGUCACAUGAUCUCUGUAACAGUCCCGGCAUGGUUCUGGUGUUCGGAUGUCUUAUUGUGAGAUUAGACAGUAAUGUAUCCUUCAGUAGGUGCUUAAAACAGAGCAGGAAUGAAAUCCUGUAAUCCAGAUUGCUGACUGCUAACAGAAUGAAAGAACUAGCAGCAGUUAGCAUUUGAGCCACUGGUUUCAACCUUAGCGCUAGUCUCGUCGGAUAUCCCGACAAACUUUGACCCCUGGUGUAGUAACACACCCACUAGACGAUCGCAGGUUUGUGCCUGGUUUCAUUUUAGCGUCGUAGAUCGGAUACGUGAUUUUAUUUUCCAUUCAAACACGUUACAGGACGUUCCAUCCAACUAGAGACUGCUGUUCCAAAUGAAGGACACUUUAAUUUCUUUUUUGUUUGUUUUUUAAACGAAUUGUUAUUCGAACAAUGUUUUCAGCCUCACAAUCAUUUCUCUUUUGAUAUCCACUGAAUGUUAAAGUUUCCUGCCCCACUUGUUUUUGUUCUUUUUUUUUUUGUUGUAAUCUUUGCAGCAGCCAUCUUUCUUCUCAAACAAAGAAAAGAAAAGGAAAAAAAAGAAGCAUGUUUGCUUUCAUUUAGUCUCUUCUUAUUUAUGGACUUUGUAGAAUCAGUUCUCACUGUUUUACACUUUUGUUGUACAUUUCUAUGUGUGUAUGUGAGUGUGAGCGUGUGUGUGUGUGUGUGUGUGUGUGUGUGUGUGUUUUUGUACGGUGUCUUAGCCGCCGAAUCCGAGUGUGCUUUGGUGCUGCGAAGAAGAAGAAGAAGACGAAACACACACUGGGUUGGUCUGGGGGAAAGUGGGGCAAAGUCAUUGCUGCCAUGUUAGAAGCCUCUUCAACUGUACUGUACUCCUUUCUGUAUAUGAAAAUAUUAUAAGUAAAGUUUUACAGUAGAGA